AUAAUGCAGAGGUGAUGUGUAACAAAUAUUAACAGGGUUCAUAAUCCUAAUAUGGCGGUUAGUAUCCAUUAUUUGGGCGGUGUAAUAACCAGUUAGACAUUGUGCAGUCUGCUUCCCAAAUCCAAACGCCGAAAAAUCACUUCUGAAUUUGGUCAUAUCGGCUAGUAAUUGGCCUCUCCAACGUUCGACAUGAUGUUUGCCAUUAACUUUUCUUGCUCGCCGUCGCCGGCCACUAUUUCUCGCCCCCGAGCAUUUGGACUUUUUGAUGGGCUCCAUUGUGGACAUAUGCUCUGCUCUAAUGGACUGGAGUCCCUCAAGCAGAUGAGCAAGGAUGGUGGUUUGAAUAGUAAAUCAGCAUCAACACUAUUCUCUGGGGAAGCCAACCAUCUUCCUCGUUUUGCUAGUUCAAGUGUAGCAUGCAACGCUCUUAUCAAUGGUAUAUCAGGUGGAGUUCAUGUACAGCCUGAUGCCAUAGCACUGGGAGCACUUUCUGCUGAUACUGCUCCAACUACCAGUACAUUCCCUGUUGAGAGUGAUGAGUUUGAUUUGGACCUACCGUCAGAAGGCUUCUCAUCAAUUCCUGAAGCAAUUGAAGACAUCCGUAAAGGAAAGAUGGUUGUCGUUGUAGAUGAUGAGGAUAGGGAGAAUGAAGGCGAUUUAAUAAUGGCUGCAUCAAAAGUUACUCCAGAGGCCAUGACUUUCUUUGUGAAGCAUGGAACUGGAAUAGUUUGUGUGAGCAUGAAAUCAGAAGAUUUGGAUAGGUUGCAGCUCCCUCUCAUGGUGAACCAAAGAGAAAACGAGGAGAAACUCUGCACUGCAUUUACUAUUUCUGUUGACGCAAAACAUGGUACAAGUACAGGCGUUUCAGCACGUGACAGGGCAAUAACUAUAAAGGCUCUGGCAUCAAAUGAUUCGAAACCUGAGGACUUCAACCGUCCAGGACACAUAUUUCCAUUGAAGUACAGGGAGGGUGGUGUUUUGAAAAGGGCCGGGCAUACAGAAGCUGCUGUAGAUCUUGCCAUGCUAGCUGGAUCAGAACCUGCUGGUGUUUUAUGUGAGAUUGUUGAUGAUGAUGGUUCUAUGGCUAGAUUGCCAAAGCUUCUACAGUUUGCCCAGAAAGAAAACUUAAAGAUUGUUUCUAUCGCUGAUCUGAUAAGAUAUAGAAGAAAGAGGAAUAGAUUAGUGGAACAUGCAUCUGCUGCUCGUAUACCAACAAUGUGGGGACCCUUCACUGCCUAUUGUUAUAGGUCAAUUUUGGAUGGGAUUGAACAUAUUGCUAUGGUUAAGGGUGAGAUUGGGGAUGGACUAGAUAUUCUAGUGAGAGUACACUCGGAAUGUCUGACUGGAGACAUAUUUGGAUCCGCCAGAUGUGACUGCGGAAAACAAUUGGAGUUUGCAAUGCAACAGAUUGAAGCUGCUGGAAGGGGCGUUCUGGUUUACCUUCGCGGUCAUGAGGGGAGGGGCAUUGGGUUGGGCCACAAGCUUCGAGCUUACAGUUUGCAAGACGAGGGACAUGACACUAUUGAGGCAAACGAGGAGCUGGGUUUGCCUAUUGACUCAAGGGAGUAUGGGAUUGGUGCUCAGAUACUGAGAGAUCUUGGAGUUCGAACUAUGAAGCUGAUGACAAACAAUCCAGCCAACUACAGUGGGCUCAAAGGAUAUGGUUUGGCCGUUGCUGGCAGAGUUCCCCUUGUAGCUAAAAACAACCUGGACGUUGGCCAGACGGCCACUGGUGACAGUCCGGUCGAACCGGACGCAUGAUUCAACACUAGAGUAGUGAGCAGAGUUGCAUCGUUAACAUAGAAGGUGGAAGAGCAAAACUGUUGACCCCAUCACAUUUAUUUGUCACCUGCUGUUUAACCAUCGCAAUUGGUGAUUAAUUACAUUCAAGUGUUAUUAAUCAAAUUCUCCAUGGUUUUGUUUUCA